UGGUUACUUAACUGUGGUUCCAGAAUCUUUAACUGAUCAUACUGUAUUGGGUAUAGAAUAUGCGAAGAUAAACAAAAUCUACAAAUCAUUAUUUAAAAAAGAUAUUGCUAUAUUUUGUAACAAAUUUCCACCACUUUAUAUGGAAUUGGUAUCUUGUUUUGAUAUUGGCAGUCUCAAAAAGGAGAGGCAUCCAAAUAUCCAAAUCAUUCCAAAUGUCCAAAAUAAAACCCUUAAUAUAACAUAUGAAUUUAAGCAUACUGUAAGUGAUGACUCUGAUAUAAUAAAAGAUGUCACUAAGAAAGCGCUAAAACAAAUUGUUGAUAAUAAUUACCAGAUAAAUCUUCUAGAAUAUGUUAAGGAAAUAGUUGAAGUUGGUAUAGCCUUCUGUGAUAAAGUAGCUUUUGUCUCAGCUCGUUGCCUAAAAUGUAAUAAAAAAGGAAUUACAACGAAUGAAAAUUAG